AUGGUGCACGAAUGUGAGGGAGAUGGCUUUGGUGACCACCCUGUUUCAGCUGCGGGCGCGUCGGCCUUUGAGGAGCGAGUGUCAAAGGUGGACGUGGAAUGCGUGGUUUUCGAAGCAAACUGGGGCGGAUGGUCACGUGAGCUGGCGGCUGCUCAUGGGAAGAAAGCAGUUGGUUUUAUGCCGUCGUAUCGGGACCCCUUCAGAGCUGCAUAUUGCUCAGAUGCCAUUUGGAAUUUCGAUGGCCACUGUAUCGUCAGGAACCGGCCACAGGACAUAGACAAUUUUGGGCAUCUUGCGCGGGAGGAGGUGUCAUUCGUAAUUGCAGAUUGCUUGGUGGGCAGGGCGGUGGAUUGUGGAGGUCGUCGUCGCUUUGGUGCUUUUCUUCCCGGCAUAGAGGAUGCGUUGCCUCUCGAUGCUGGUUUGCAGAAGUGGUUGGAUGCUCCAGAUAUGGCCCGGGAGUUGCAGACCGUUACGCUUGUAGCCCUGGGAAGUCAAAGUGCGCUUGGAACUGUCAGCAAGGAUGCAGAAGUCAAGCUGAUGGAAGGAUGCUUGCUGGCUUCCCCACGCGUGCUAGCCGUGUCAAGAUGUGACCAGGGAUCACUUGGCACCGAAGUACAAGCUGCAAUAACCAGCGGUCGGCUUUUCGUCAUGCCGCACGUGCCACAAUGGGCAGUGUUAAACCACGCCUGCGUACGAUGUUUCGUGUCGCAUGGUGGUGCUAAUUCAACACACGAAGCCCUUGCAUCCGGCGUUCCAGUGGUUCCUCUACCCUUUUUUGACGACCAGUUUUACAUUGCAAGCCGCUUGGAGGAGCUGUAUGGCUAUAGUUGCCCGCCUCUGCGCAAAGCGACUCUUCGGAGCGUCGGGGCCGUUCAGCAGGAUUCAGCAAGAUGGGCCGAUGAGGAAAACCUGUUUUCAUGUACUCGGAGCCUUGUUUUGCAGGUUUCCGGCGAAGCUGGUGCGGCCGCGGCCGCCAGAAGCAUUGUGGAGCUGACCCAAUCGAAUUGA